AUGUCCAAAUCGGAUCGAAAAAUACAAAUGUUCACAAAGGAAUAUUAUGCCGCUUGUACAUUAGGUGGUAUUAUAGCUUGUGGUCCCACUCAUUCAUCAGUGACUCCAUUAGAUUUAGUCAAAUGUAGAUUACAAGUUAAUUCUAAAUUAUAUAAAUCCAACAUAGAUGGGGCUCUAAAAAUCAUUAAGAAUGAAGGUAUUUCGAAACUUUUCACAGGUGUUGGGGCAACGUUAAUUGGUUAUUCAUUACAAGGGGCAGGGAAAUAUGGUGGCUAUGAAUUAUUUAAAAGAUUUUAUUCCACUACUUUGGUGAAAAAUGAAGAAAUGGCCUAUAAGUAUAGAACAUCCAUUUAUUUGAUGGCUUCUGCAUCUGCGGAAUUCUUUGCUGAUAUAAUGUUAUGCCCAUUUGAAGCCAUUAAAGUCAAACAACAAACAACUAUGCCACCCUUCUGUAAUAACGUCGUAGAAGGAAUGAAAAAGAUGUAUGCGGCAGAAGGUAUUAAAGGAUUUUAUAAGGGGAUUACUCCACUUUGGUGUAGACAAAUUCCUUAUACAAUGUGUAAGUUUACGUCAUUUGAAAGAAUUGUCGAAGCCAUCUACGCAAGAUUACCUACAAAGAAGAAUGAUAUGUCUGCAUUACAACAAAUAUCAGUUAGUUUUGUAGGUGGGUACUUAGCUGGUAUUUUAUGUGCUGUCGUUUCACAUCCUGCUGAUGUCAUGGUCUCUAAAAUAAAUAAUGAAAGGAAAUUCGGUGAAACAAUGGCAAUUGCCUCAAAGAGAAUAUAUAAAAAUAUAGGGUUCAUCGGUCUAUGGAACGGGUUAACUGUAAGAAUAUUCAUGAUUGGUACUUUGACAAGUUUCCAAUGGUUAAUAUACGAUUCAUUUAAGGCAUACAUCGGUUUGCCAACAACUGGACAUUGA